AUGGACCAAGAGAAAUUCAUAAGUGAGAAAAAUAUUGAACUAGAAGAUCAAUUUAUUCAUAAUGCCGCAGCCCAUUCUUGGUUUGUUUUAGCAGAAGCAUUUAAAGCUUUACAAAAAUUCAAAAAUGAAAAACUUGUUGGACCACUAAAUGGACACUUAAAAGACUUGGAUAUUAAAAAACUAUCGGCAAUAAUGUUAAUAAACAGCGUGAUGAUACAAAAUACAUAUGAUGAAUGUAUUGGUCUAUCAUUUGACCCUUUUCUUUCAUUAAUAAACCAUAGCUGUGAUCCAAAUGUCACUUUUAUUUUCGAAGAUAAAACUAUUAAAAUAAUUGCAUUACGAGGAAUCAAAAAGGGCCAAGAGCUUUUUGUUAGUUAUGUUCUUACCAGUUUGCCUACUACUAUUAGAAAAUUUGAGUUAGAAGGAAGAUUCUUCUUUAAAUGCCAUUGUAAAUUAUUCCAAAAGACACUGGACAGAUAUUUGACAUUCAAUUGUCCCAAUUGUGGAAUGAUGUUGGACAAUAAUAUUCUUUCAGAAAAAACUCCAAAGAAACUCCACUGUGUUGGCUGUCUGCACAAUUGCUUGGGGAGCUAUAUUAAUAAUUGGAAAUUAUAUGCUGAUAUCUUCAAUAAAUAUUGGGGUAUUGUAUGUGAUAACUUAGCAGAUCAGUGUUCAAAUUAUCGCGAAACAGUUUAUAUGAAGGAAACUUAUCACAAAAAAAGAAAAUUGAAAUUUCAAGAAGUUUUGAAGGACAAAAAUUGUUAUACAGAUCUUUUCCCACAUCAAUUCUUGAACAUAGAGUUUGAAGAGAUGCGAGAAUUAACCAUGUUGUUGAGUAAUGCAUUCGCAGAACAGAUGAUUCCGAUGUACAUGUUCCCAAUUCCUCAAAUUUUGGAAGAUAUUGUUAGUAAUUUCAAAGAUCAUGAUUUGUCAAAAGAGCAUAUCCAGUGGUUAUUGAUUUCAACUUUCAAGUCAAGAAUACCUUGUGAUCUCUAUACAUUCAAACCGACAGUUGGAAAUGAUUUCAGAGAGUUGGCAAUCGAGUUAUUUGAAUCAUCCCAGCAAUUAAAUGGUAGUUUCAGUCUGAAUGAAAUUCCAGUAUUAAACCAUGAAAGUAUAAUUAAGUUGAAAUGCGGCUUAUGGUUUGGGUUGAAUGCCGAGAUGCACCUAUCCAAAGUAUAUUCUACGCAAAGUCCAGUUUUACGAGAGGUACAGCUAUUGAACUUGGAAAUUUUGAGGUUCAUGAGCUGCAGUAAACUGCCAGUUUUACAAAGUUGGGUGAAGCACUUGGGCAGUGCCAAAAUGUUAGACGACGGGGAAUUGCCCCAAGUGAUCGGCGGUGUCUCCAAAAGAUUGAAAAUCCAGUUUGCCAACCGGGGGUACGAGAAGGUGUUGGUUGAUAUGGAUGAUUUGGAAGAACGACAGUUGGAAUGGUAUAGGAAAUCCUUGUGA